AUGGCAGAAUACAAGUUAUCUGCAUCUUUGGCAGGUCAUGAAGAUGAUGUUCGAGCUGUAGCCUUUCCAUCUUCAAAAGCUAUAGUAUCAGCAUCUAGAGAUGGAACUGUACGAUUAUGGAAACAACUUUCAGAUAAUCCACCACUAUUCGAUGCCACCAUUUCCUCUCAUGCAACAGCUUUUGUAAAUACAGUCGCAUAUUUACCACCGAGCUCUCAAUUUCCAGAUGGUUUGGUCAUCUCCGGCGGAAAGGACACAGUUAUUGAAGUUCGACAAACUUCGAGAAAACCAGAAGAUAAUGCGGAAGCUUUACUUAUAGGACACAGUCAUAAUAUAUGUGCUUUGGAUGUGGACCCAGCUGGACGAUUUAUAAUCAGUGGAAGUUGGGAUGCGGAAGCAAGAAUAUGGCCAUUAGGGAAAUGGGAGUGUGAAUCUGUUCUAAGAGGACAUGAGGGUAGUGUUUGGGCGGUCCUUGCUAUAGAUUCGGAAACUGUAAUAACUGCUUGUGCGGAUCAACUCAUUAGAGUCUUUCAUACUAGUGGUAAAUUACUGCGGACUAUUCGAGGAAGUGCAGAUGUUGUUCGAGCUCUUUGCAGGUUACCCAAAGGUCAUCCAUCAGGGGCAGAUUUCGCAUCGGCGGGAAAUGAUGCUGUAAUCAGAUUGUGGACUCUUUCCGGUAGCCAAGUGGCAGAAUUACAUGGACAUGAGAACUUCAUUUAUUCAAUUGCCUCGACACCUUCUGGAGAAAUCAUCAGCUCUGGUGAAGAUCGAACCUUAAGAGUGUGGAAAGAUGGUCAAUGUAUCCAAACGAUCACACAUCCAGCAAUUUCGGUAUGGGGUGUAGCUGUUUGUGAGGAAACUGGGGAUGUUGUAUCAGGAGCAAGUGAUAGAGUGGUGAGAGUCUUUACAAGAAAUUCGGAGCGUUUCGCAGAUGCGGAGACAACAAAAUUAUUUGAAGAUUCAGUGAAGGAAUCAUCAAUACCUCAACAAGCACUACCAGAAGUUAACAAGGAGAAGCUUCCUGGACCGGAAUUCCUUACCCAAAAAAGUGGCACCAAAGAAGGACAAGUUCAAAUGAUUCGUGAGCUGAAUGGAGCUGUCACUGCACAUACCUGGUCUAGUUCCCAAGGCCAAUGGAUAAAUGUAGGAACUGUUGUUGAUGCUGUUGGAAGCAGUGGGAAGAAAGUUGAAUACCUCGGAAAGGAGUAUGAUUUUGUUUUUGAUGUUGAUAUUGAGGAUGGCAAACCUUCUCUCAAGCUUCCUUAUAACUUAUCCCAGAAUCCUUAUGAAGCCGCCACAAAAUUCAUCGCAAAUAAUGAGCUUCCAGUAACCUACUUAGAGCAAGUAGCCAAUUUUAUCACAACUAAUACCCAAGGGGCUACAAUUGGCCAAACUCAAGAAAGUUCUGGACCGGAUGCAUGGGGUAGUGAUCAAAGAUAUAGACCAGGAGAGGGGGAGAGCUCAGCGCCUGUAAAUAUCCCUCCACCGCCAAAGGUUCUCCCACAAAAAGAGUAUCUUUCAAUCAUUGUGGCUUCAGUACCCAAGAUGCAAAAGAAAAUCGAAGAAGUCAAUAAGGAGUUGAUUGCGAACGGUCAAAAAGGUAUAUCAUUAAAUCCUGACGAGCUCGAAAUUCUUCAAGAACUUCGAAAAAAUCUCGAAUCCGCCGGCGCUACAAAAACCUCUCAAUCUGUUAUUGGAGGCCUCGAUCUAGCUAUUAAACUCUCCACUCACUGGCCUUAUAAAGAUCGACUCGCUGGACUUGAUCUUCUGCGUCUCCUAGCCAUUGCCCCCGAGACUGCAAAUUAUCGUAGUUCUGGCGGCUGGAGUAUAAUCGACGUUUUUUCACAAGCCGCUUUAGAGAAUUCACCUCCAUCCGAAAAUCACAUCAUGAUGUCGGUUCGUGGUUUUGCCAACCUUUUUGAUUCUCCUGAAGGUCGUCAAUUAGCUCAAGACAAUUUCGAUAAAGUUAAUGUCUUUAUGAAGGACGCUAUUAAGACAUCUACCAAUAGGAAUUUGUUGGUAGCUGCUACAACUGUUUAUAUAAACUAUGCAGUUUUGUUUACUGAAAAGGACCCGGAUUUCGAACAAGUUCUCGCCGUGUUGGAUACUCUUACAAAUAUCUUGAAGACACAGGUGGAUAGUGAAGUGGUAUAUAGAGGAUUGGUGGGAUUAGGGACGGUGUUGAGUGUAGGAGAGGAGAUUCGAGAGGCUGGAAAGGAUGUUUAUGGUGUUUUGGGGGUUGUAGAUGCUUGUUUGAAGAAGGCUAGUGAUCCUCGGGUAAAGAAUGUGGUAAGAGAAAUUCGAGAGUUACUUGCGUAG